AUGAGUCCAGCUAUUGACGGAAAGAUUAAAAAGAAGAGUAAGAAGGUUGUUAAGAAGGAAACUGCCCUUGAUCUAGCAGAAAAAAUCAAAAGAAAAGCUUUAAGCGAGAAAAAACAAGCAUCAAAAGCUGAAGAUGUGGAAGAUCAAGAUGAUAUAAGAGAUGAUUCAAAAGUUGAAGAUGUCAAGCCAAAAGUCUCUUCAUUUUCUGAAUUGAAGUUGAUUCCAGAAUUAUUAGAGUCAUGUCAAGCUAUGAAAUUUGACAAACCAACACCGAUUCAAGCUGAAGCCAUUCCAUAUGCCUUGGAAGGUCGUGAUAUCAUUGGGUUGGCUCAAACAGGUUCUGGUAAAACUGCAGCUUUUGCCAUUCCAAUCUUACAAGCAUUAUGGUAUGCUCAAACUCCAUAUUUCGCAUGUGUUUUAGCACCAACAAGAGAAUUAGCAUUCCAAAUUAAAGAAACUUUUGAUGCAUUAGGUUCAAGUAUGGGGUUGAGAAGUGUGUGUCUUUCUGGUGGUAUGGAUAUGAUGGAACAAGCUAGAGAUUUGAUGCGUAAACCUCAUGUCAUCAUUGCUUCACCAGGUAGACUGAUGGAUCAUUUGGAACACACUAAAGGUUUUUCAUUACGUGCUUUGAAAUUUUUAGUUAUGGAUGAAGCUGAUAGAUUAUUAGAUAUGGAAUUUGGGCCAGUGCUAGAUAGAAUCUUAAAACUUAUCCCAAGGGAAAGAACAACAUAUCUAUUUUCUGCUACAAUGACAUCUAAAAUUGAGAAAUUACAACGUGCUUCUUUACAAAACCCUGUUAGAGUUGAAGUUGCCAGUAAAUACUCUACAGUUGAUACAUUAAUCCAAACAAUGAUGGUUGUUCCAGAUGGUUACAAGAACACAUACUUGGUUCACUGUUUGAAUGAGUUUAUUGGAAAAUCUAUCAUUGUCUUUACGAGAACUUGUGCACAUGCUCAUAGAACCGCAAUGUUGACACGUCUAUUAGGGUUUUCAUCUGUUCCAUUCCAUGGUCAAUUAACACAACAACAAAGAAUAGGUGCAUUGAACAAAUUUAAAGCUGGUGAAAAGAAAAUUCUUAUCUGUACCGAUGUUGCAGCAAGAGGUAUUGAUAUUCCAUCUGUUGAUGUUGUUAUCAACUAUGAUAUUCCAACCGACUCUAAACAUUAUAUUCAUAGAGUUGGUAGAACUGCAAGAGCUGGUAGAUCAGGUAAAUCUAUAAGUUUUGUCACUCAAUAUGAUUUAGAAAUGUUUUUGAGAAUUGAAGCUGUUAUUCAAAUGAAAAUUCCAAAAGAAGUUCCAGAUAGAGAUAUAAUACUAAGUCUUCAUGAUACUGUGGACCAAGCUACUGCUGAAGCUAUCAGAAAGACCAAGGACUUCCAAGAAACAAGAACUGCAAAUGGAAGACACAGAAACAAAAAGGAUUAUGGUGAUAGAGAAGAGCGUUAG